AUGUUAUCAACAAGAGCUUCGUUUCUUUGUUCAACUUCAUCUCGCUCUCUGCAGGUAUUUUUUUUGCUCUCAUUAUUUUUUAAUGCAGUUUUUAGACUAGCUGCUGUUGUGCACAGCUUUUCAAUGGCGUUAUUCCGACAGAAAAAAUUGAAAAAAGAUUUUGCUUGAGCAGCGGGCCUGGUGGACAAAACGUUCAAAAGAACACGACGAAGGUUUGUAAGUUCCUUGAAAUUUUUCACUUUCAGUGAUACUGAAGUUGAACAUAUCAAAAAAAAUGAUUUAACUCGUUUAUGUAUCACUUUUUUAAAUUUUCUUCAAUUCGAUCUAAAUUUUUUUAAAAGUUAAAGUGGAACUUCAUCGAAGUGGAGGCAAAUAAAACUUUCCUGAUUAUUCGGCAAACCCUACAACGCACCUAUGUUUUUACGCACCAUUUGACGCACCCAUGAUGGUAUGCACCAUAAUUUUUGACACCGUUAAAUAAUUUUACGCACCCAAGUAUUUUUUUCGCACCCAAGCAGUUUAACGCACCUAAACGUCUGAUGAAACUUGAUGAAAAGUUAUAAAUUUCAUACAUUUUCGGCCGGUACUUUUUCGAACCAUGAUUUUGAGAACCACUGCUUAGGUGAACCACUUCAUGCAUUACCAGAACCAAAAUUUUUUAUGCUUAGCCGAACCAAUUUUCGGUAUUUUAUGUAUAUGUUCUUCUAUGACUUCUAUCGGAGUCGACUAAAAGUUUGGACUUCCAUUUCGCCAGAGACGAUUUUGGAUGGGGCUUGAAAAGCUCCUGCAUACAGAUCUGUCGAUAAUAUCUGUGAAUAGAACAACGAAUUAAAUGAUUUAUUGAAAAAAAAAAAAUCAAAAAAGGUUUUGAAGAUCUGAGUAGUCAUGCCAAAGUUAGGACACUAGACAGUAUCUGUGCCGACGUCCAUAGGCGAAUCGAGAAAGGGUAUCGCGAGACCCUCUGAGUGCCUCCGGGGUGGCUCAAAUAUAGCUAAAAGGUAUGCUGGAGGUCUCACGAUGGACAUAUAUGGGGUCUUCACGAUUCAUUCUGAAAGGUACCUUUGUGGACACAUUAUGGUACUCUCUCGAUUCACCUGUGUCACUGGUUCAGAAAAUCAUGGUUCGGAAAAGUAUCGGCCGAAAAUGUAUGAAAUGUAUAAAUUUUUAUCAAGUUUUAUCAGACAUUUAGGUGCGUUAAACCGCUUGGGUGCGAAAAAAAUACUUGGGUGCAUAAAAUUAUUUAAAGGUGUCAAAAAUUAUGGCGCGUACCAUCAUGGGUGCGUCAAAUGAGGCGUAAAAACAUAGGUGCGUUGUAGAGUCGGCCGAUUAUUCACCUCUACGCCUCAGAAUUCUGUCUGUGAGCGAACAAUAAGCAUUUCAUUUCAAUUUUACAGACUGAAAUACGAUUCAAGCUGAGUGAAGCUGAUUGGUUAUCCGAAGAACUUCGGACAGGAUUGCAGCAACGUUAUUCUCACCGUUUGAAUAAUUCGGGAGAGGUUUUAAUUUUUUGCUUUUUUGUCGUUAUUUUUUUUCUUGAAGUUUAUCAUUGAUAGCGACAGAACCCGGGAACGCCAUUUAAAUGUUGCCGACUGUUUCGAUAAGUUGCGUUCAGCGAUUUACGAAGUCCAGAGUGCUGCUACGAAACGGGUUGAAACUGAAGAAAGCCUGGAAAUAUUGCGAAAAGUGAGUUAGUUGCUAAAAUUUCCUAUCUUUGAUAUGCGUUUUCAUGGAAUUCGAUUUUUCAGAAGGCUGCCGUAGCUGCUCAACGGAGAUUGAACGAGAAGCGACGUCUUGGCGAAAAAAAGGCUUCUCGUAAAGAAACAUUCGAUUUUUGA